AUGGCCGUUGUUCUUGAUGCCUUCAUCUCCGGGCUGGUCGGUACGUUGAAGGACAUGGCUAAAGAGGAGGUGGACUUGCUGUUGGGCGUCCCCGGGGAGACCAAAAAGCUCCAACGCUCUCUCCGCAAGAUCCACUCUGUCCUUCGCGACGCCGAGAAGCGGCGGAUCGAGGACGAGGACGUCAACGACUGGCUGAUGGAGCUCAAGGACUUCAUGUACGACCCCGACGACCUCCUCGACGAGUGCGGGAUGGAGGCCCAGAGGUGGACUCCUCGUGAGUCCGAUCCGAAGCCGUCCACCUUGUGCGGAUUUCCCAUCUUUGCUUGCUUUCGCGAGGUCAAGUUCAGACAUGAGGUGGGCGUCAAAAUCAAGGAUCUCAACGAUCGGCUGGAAGAGAUCUCGGCCCGAAGGUCCAAGCUGCAACUCCAUGUGUCUGCGGCGGAACCAAGGGUGGUUCCUCGAGUUAGUCGCAUAACUUCCCCCGUGAUGGAGUCUGACAUGGUUGGCGAGCGGCUGGAGGAGGACUCCAAGGCACUGGUGGAGCAGCUGACAAAGCAAGAUCCGAGUAAGAACGUGGUGGUGCUGGUAAUUGUGGGGAUCGGUGGCAUCGGAAAGACCACCUUCGCUCAGAAGGUGUUCAAUGAUGGUAAAAUCAAAGCCAGAUUCCGCACCACCAUCUGGGUGUGCGUGUCCCAAGAGUUCAGCGAGACGGAUCUUCUCGGAAAUAUCAUCGAAGGUGCUGGUGGAAAAUAUAAUAGAGAACAGAGCAGGAGUCUGCUGGAGCCCUUGGUGGCGGGUCUACUGAGAGGGAACAAGUUCUUGCUGGUGUUGGAUGAUGUUUGGGAUGCUCAGAUCUGGGACGACUUGCUCCGCAAUCCUUUGCAGGGAGGAGCAGCAGGCAGCAGGGUGCUGGUUACAACUAGAAACGCAGGGAUCGCGAGGCAAAUGAGGGCGGCCCAUGUCCACGAGAUGAAGCUGCUGCCUCCGGAGGAUGGCUGGUCCCUCCUGUGCAAGAAGGCGACGAUGAAUGCAGAGGAGGAAAGGGAUGCCCAAGAUCUCAAGGACAUAGGCAUGAAGAUUGUUGAGAAAUGCGGAGGGCUUCCCCUGGUCAUCAAGACCAUCGGAGGGGUCCUCCGCGAUAGAGGACUCAACAGAAAUGCGUGGGAGGAAGUUCUCCGCAGCGCCGCAUGGUCACGGACCGGGCUUCCCGACGGUGGGCACGGAGCACUGUAUCUGAGCUACCAACCUUCCGGCCCAUCUCAAGCGAUGCUUUCUCUACUGUGUCUUAUUGCGCGAAAACUAUGCGUUCCACAUGUCGGACAUCGUCAGAUUAUGGAUAGCCGAGAGGUUUGUCGAAGCACGAGGAGAUGUCACUUUGGUGGAAACAGGGGAGCAAUAUCCAAGAGAGCUGCUUCAUAG